AUGGACGAUGACGGAGCCUACCGAGACGGCCGCACCGACUUCAUCCGUGGUGCCAAGGACAUCGCCAAAGUGGCCAAGAAGCAGGUUGGCAAGAAGGUUGGGCGUGGCGUGGACAAGAUGUCCGACGAGUACACUAAGCGUUCGUACAAACGUUUUGAGGAAGAAGAUGAUGAGGAUGACUAUGCGGGUGUGCCCGGCAAUGACGGUGGCUACUAUCGCAAUGACAGUCGGGCCAACGACGACGAGGGCGGCCACAGUGACUCCACCGAGGGACAUGACGAGGACGAUGAGAUUUAUGAGGGGGAGUACCAGGGCAUCCCGAGGGCUGACUCGGGUAAGGUGGGCGGGAUUGAUGGGGUGACAGCGGUGCAGGCGCAGCAGUUCAGGGACCUGUCAGCCUACGAGGCAGAGAGGAGGAAAGACCAGGAGGAGUUGGCCGAGCAGUACGAGACCAUCCUGCAGGAGUGCGGCCACGGCAAGUUCCAGUGGACGCUCUACUUUGUGUUGGGGCUGGCACUUAUGGCAGACGGCGUGGAAAUCUUUGUGGUAGGCUUCGUGCUGCCCAGCGCUGAAAAGGACAUGUGCCUGUCCGAGCCCAACAAGGGCAUGCUGGGUAAGAUGUGUAAACUUCAACUCAUCACUCCUCAUUAUGUCCCUUCUUCUCUCCCUCCUUUCAUUGCCUUCCUGUUCUCGCUCUCUCUCCUCCCUCCUCUGUCAUCAGAUCUGUUCAAGUACAGAUUGAUCAACAGCAGACUGAUCAAUAGCACCUUCCUGCACAACAAAGAGGGCUGUCUGCUGAGUGACAUCAGCGAUGACAAUAACGCCUACAUGGUUUACUUCGUGAGCUUCCUGGGCACUUUAGCCGUGUUGCCCGGCAACAUCGUCUCGGCACUGCUGAUGGACAAGAUCGGACGGCUGAGGAUGCUGGCUGGCUCCAGUGUGAUAUCUUGCAUCAGCUGUUUCUUCCUGUCAUUUGGCAACAGCGAAUCAGCCAUGAUUGCUCUGCUUUGCCUGUUCGGGGGCAUUAGCAUCGCCUCCUGGAAUGCCCUGGAUGUGCUGACUGUUGAGCUCUACCCCUCUGACAAGAGAACCACGGCGUUCGGCUUCCUCAACGCCCUCUGCAAGCUGGCGGCCGUGCUGGGCAUCAGCAUCUUCACUUCUUUCGUGGGCAUCACCAAAGCCGUGCCCAUCCUGUUCGCCUCCGGGGCGCUGGCUGCCGGCAGCUUCCUGGCACUCAAGCUGCCGGAGACACGGGGCCAGGUGCUGCAGUAG